AUGAGUUCAGAUUACAGUUACGACGAAAAUGGGUCCCUCUGGCCGUUCUUUGCGUUCACGGUCACGGCCAUCACAACUGUUCCAGCCACAUAUUUUCUCCUCAAGGGAUCUAUAAAUGAUCCUUCGAAGCUGUUCCCCAGGGUCCAAACAGACUACAAGCCCAAACAUGCCGACCUCGUCGCUGCACAGCGGGCCAAGGAUCGGAGGCAAAGCAGGCGCGUGGGCCUGACGGUAUUUGUGCUUUUGGGGUGGGCCGUAAUGGCGUACACCUUGUACCUCAUCCACUUUGUCGAAACGCCUGCAGUGCAGAGAGUUUGGAAUCCGUAUGAUAUUCUGGGAAUCUCUGAGUCCGCUACCGAGAAAAUGAUCAAGUCCACCUACAAGAAACUGUCCCUGAAGUUCCACCCCGACAAGAUCAAGCCCGACCCGGCCAAGAACGAGACAAUUGAGUCACUGAACGAUGCUUACGUCGAAAUCUCCAAGGCAUACCAGGCGCUGACGGACGAGGAGGUGCGCAACAACUAUAUCCAGUAUGGCCACCCGGACGGAAGGCAGAGCAUGAGCAUCGGUAUUGCCCUGCCAAAGCUGAUGGUGACGGAAGGCAACGGCAAGUAUGUCGUGUUGGUCUACUUCUUACUGUUCGGCGUCAUGCUUCCUUACUACGUUGGAUCCUGGUGGUACGGCACUCAACGGCGAUCCAAGGAGGGUAUCCUCAUGGAGAGCGCCAACAGCCUGUUCAAGGAGUACAAGAACGACGUCGACGUUGGUGGCGUCAUCACUGCGCUGAGCACUGGAAAGGAAUUCACUACUGUUCUCAAGGGGGACAAGGCCGACACUGGACUCUCGAAGAUUGAAUCGCGCAUCCUGGCCUCAGGCGAAGGACAAAUCUCUGCGGCCGGCCUCUCACCCAAGGAGAAGGAGACGCUGGAGGACCUUGACAAUGGAGUACGGCGGAAGACGUUGGCACUGCUGUGGGCUUUCCUGGGCCGCAUCGAGUUGGAUGACGCUACUUUGGAGAAGCAAAAGUUUGAGGUUGCGCCCAUUGCCGAGUCGCUCGUCAAGUCAUACACGGCGAUCGCGAUAGCAUUCGGAUUCACUGCCCCAAUUCUUGCCUCCUUCCACGCAAGCCAACGGCUCAUCCAAGCCCUGUCGCCUGUGGCCUCUCCUCUCCUGCAACUGCCUUAUUUCACGCCCGCUGUCGCCAAGGCCGUGGAUGGCGACUCGAAGGUGCCUACAACCCUGCAAAAGUUCAUGGACCAACCAGAUUCGAAGCGAAGAGAACUUUCGGUGGGCAAGGGCCUUCUCACAGAGGAGCAAUACAAGUCUGCAGUCGGCGUCGCCAAGCAACUACCCUAUCUACGUGUCGCAAAGGCUUUCUUCAAGGUCACCGGCGAGCGCUUCAUCAUUCCAUCUUCUCUUGUCACCCUGGUUGUGAAGGGCCGCAUCAUCCCUCCCGGCUCUGAGAAUGUUCCCGAGGUUAAUGAGCUUGAUCUUAUCGAUGUCGACCCGGCGGAAGAUGACCUGGAUGCUAUUCUUGGGAAGAAGAAGAGGACCAUCAAGGGAGCCGACGGAAAACCAGUGCCUGUUGCAGGUGAGGACAAGCCAAUUCUGCCAUCUCUGGCAUUCUCACCGUACUUUGGUCGCGAGCACUCUCCUCGGUGGCAUGUCUUCCUCUCAGACUCGAAGCAAGGGAAGAUGGCGGUGCCUCCCUUCACUUUCACGCAAUUUGACGCUCCCGUAUUCGAGGAGGACGGAAAGACGCCCACGUUCAACAUGGUCACUCUCAAGGCACAGUUUGCAGCGCCACCACAGGCGGGUCACUACACGUUCGUCAUGCACGUGGUAUGUGAUAGCUACGUGGGCUUUGACACCAAGAUGGAGGUGACUCUCGUAGUGGAAGAGGCGAGCAAGGCUGCGGCCAUGGCGGCUGAGGACGAUAUCAGUGAGCCGGAAGAGGAUUCUCUCGCUGGCAUAAUGAACGCGGCCAAGGGCGGCGCACCACCGCCACCUCGGAAGAAGAAGCCUGAAGAUGACGACUCUGAUGAGGAGAGCGGUACGGAGGAAGAGGAGGACGACACAAGCGCGACUAAUACAGAUACGGAGCCGGAGGACGAGAAGUGA